GUGCUAGCUGGUUCGGCGGCCCUGCUCGCAGAAGGGCCUAACGGGGGCGAGGAGCUGCGGGGCUGGGAUGCACGUGGCGAGGAAGGCUGGGUGAACCGAUUGCACCCCCCUCCCCCGGUGUGCGAGCGCCUGAUUUCGCCGUUUCUUAUCUGUAGGCAACGCUGUAAACACUGCUUCGGUGCUCCAGGCGCCUAAGGGCUUUCGUCACAGGGAUGCCAAAGCGUGGGAAGAGAGCGGCGGCAGAAGACGGGAAAGAACCCAAGUCUGAGCCAGAGACCAAGAAGAGUAAAGGAGCAGCAAAGAAAAACGAGAAAGAGGCUGCAGGAGAGGGCCCUUUCCUGUAUGAGGACGCUCCAGAUAAUAAAACGUCACCCGGUGGCAAACUUGCCACACUCAAGAUAUGCUCCUGGAACGUGGAUGGGCUUCGAGCCUGGAUUAAGAAGAAAGGUUUAGAUUGGGUAAAGGAAGAAGCACCAGAUAUCUUGUGCCUCCAAGAAACCAAAUGCUCAGAGAACAAACUCCCUGCAGAACUUCAAGACCUGCCUGGACUCACCCAUCAGUACUGGUCUGCUCCAUCAGACAAAGAAGGAUAUAGUGGCGUGGGCUUACUUUCCCGCCAGUGCCCUCUCAAAGUCUCUUAUGGCAUUGGUGAGGAAGAGCAUGAUCAAGAAGGCCGGGUGAUUGUGGCAGAAUUUGACUCCUUUGUCCUGGUAACAGCCUACGUUCCCAAUGCAGGCAGGGGUCUGGUAAGGCUGGAGUACCGACAGCGUUGGGAUAAAGCCUUUUGCAAGUUUCUGAAGGACUUAGCUUCCCGAAAGCCUCUUGUGCUAUGUGGGGAUCUCAAUGUGGCUCAUGAAGAAAUUGACCUUCGUAACCCCAAAGGAAACAAGAAGAAUGCUGGCUUUACUCCCCAGGAGCGCCAGGGCUUUGGGGAGUUGCUACAGGCUGUACCACUUACUGACAGCUUCCGGCACCUCUACCCCAACACCCCCUAUGCCUAUACCUUUUGGACUUACAUGAUGAAUGCUCGGGCUAAGAAUGUCGGAUGGCGCCUUGAUUACUUUUUGUUGUCACACUCCCUUUUGUCUUCCUUGUGUGACAGCAAGAUCCGCUCCAAAGCUCUUGGCAGUGAUCACUGUCCCAUCACCCUUUACCUAGCACUGUGACACCCCUGCUGAAGUAACUUACACCUGGGAAAUAGCCUCCUCUCAAGUCCAGUGUCCUUUAGGCCCCGGGGUUUUGAUUUUUUGUGUACCCCCUGUUUUAAAUGUUAAACCAAGCUUCUGGCUUCCAAGUAAAAAUAAAAAUGCCCUACUUUCA